AUGGUGUUCAUGCAGAGCUACUGCGAAGCCAACUCCUCCAUCUCCCACACCUGGGUGGAUGAAGGCAUCUCCCCCUGCUUCUACUUCACACUGGUCCCCACCAUCCUGCUCACCAUCGCCUUCUUCCUGGGCACCAUCCACUGCAUAUUCUACAAGAAAUAUGGCACAGUGAUGGAGCCCAAGUUCAUCCCACGCUCCCGCCUCUACGGCUUCCAGCAGGCCGUCUCCAUCCUUCUCCUGGUCCAGUUUCUGAGUGGGAUGGUGUGGCGGGCUGCCAGCGGAGGAGAGCUCCCAGGCUAUGUGGUGCUGUACGGCUGCUUCUCUGCGCUGGCCUGGGCCUGGGCUAUAGCGCUGCUCAGGGUGGAGAGACGUAGAGUCCUGUUGAUGGACCGGACCAGGGGCCACAGCACGGCCCUGCUGCUGUUCUGGGCUCUGGCUUUCUCAGCUGAGAACUUGGCCUUCAUCUCCUGGUACAGUCCUCACUGGUGGUGGGCCCUGGAGAACAAUCAACAACAGGUGCACUUUGCUCUUUGGCUGAUGCGCUACAUUGGAACCGGGCUGCUCUUCUUCAUCGGACUCAAAGCUCCAGGGUUGCCACGGAGACCAUACAUGCUACUGAUUAACGAAGAUGAGCGGGACGUGGAGAACAGCGGACAGAGUCUUUUGGGCAGAACAGAAGAGAACGAAUCUACCUGGAAGGGUUUCUGGAAGAAAGUCCGCCUCCUUGCUCCCUACAUGUGGCCCCGGGGGAACGUCGUCCUCCAGCUGCUGGUCCUCUUGUGUUUGGGGCUGCUUGGAAUCGAGAGAGUUAUUAAUGUCUUUGUACCCAUUUUCUACAGGAAUAUUGUGAAUGAACUGACUGAUGGAAGCAGCUGGCACACUCUGGCUACUACAGUGUGUGUUUAUGUCCUGCUCAAGUUCCUGCAGGGCGGCGGGGCAGGUGCCUCGGGGUUUGUCAGUAACAUGCGCUCUUUCUUGUGGAUCCGGGUGCAGCAGUUCACCAACUGCAUGAUUCAAGUGCGCCUGUUUGCCCACUUGCACUCCCUCUGUCUGCGCUGGCACCUAGGCCGCAAAACCGGCGAAGUGUUGAGAAGCGUCGACCGCGGCACCUCUUCCAUUAACAACCUGCUCAGCUACAUAGUGUUCAGCAUCGUGCCAACCAUCACUGAUAUUGUCAUUUCUAUCAUCUACUUCAUCACUUACUUCAACGCCUGGUUCGGCCUUAUUGUCUUUGUCUGCAUGGCGCUGUACCUCACUCUGACCAUCAUCAUCACCGAAUGGAGGACCAAGUUCAGGCGGAACAUGAACCAGAUGGACAACAACGCCAAGUCCAAGGCUGUGGACUCCUUGUUAAACUUUGAGACGGUAAAAUACUACAAUGCAGAGAGCUACGAGGUCAGCCGAUUCGAGGACGCCAUCUUAAAAUAUCAGGGGGCAGAGUGGAAGGCUCAGGCGUCGCUGGCCUUCCUCAACCAAACACAGAACAUCAUCAUCGGAUCAGGCCUGCUGGCCGGCUCCCUGCUCUGUGCCUACUUCGUGACUGAAGGAAAGUUUCAGGUUGGAGAUUUCGUCCUCUUCGGUACCUACAUCAUCCAGCUGUACACCCCUCUCAACUGGUUCGGAACCUACUACAGAAUGAUCCAGACUUCUUUUAUUGACAUGGAAAGCAUGAUCAAACUUUUUGAAGAAGAGGAAGAGGUGAAAGAUGAAGUAAAUGCAGGGAAUUUCCUCUACAAACUGGGAAAAGUGGAGUUUGAGAACGUUUACUUCAGCUAUUCAAGCGGGAAGGAGAUUCUCAAGGACGUUUCCUUCACAGUACUGCCAGGAGAGACAGUUGCCCUGGUGGGACCAUCAGGCUCUGGGAAGAGCACCAUCAUUCGACUCAUCUUCCGUUUCUAUGACGUUCAGGGAGGCUCCAUCAGCAUCGACGGCCAGGAUAUUUCAAAAGUGAAGCAGACAUCUCUGCGAGCGCAUAUCGGUGUGGUUCCCCAGGAUACGGUGCUUUUCAACGACACCAUCCAGAAUAACAUUCGCUACGGCCGUGUCUCUGCCAGUGACCAGGAGGUGGAGGAGGCUGCUAUAGCUGCUGAUAUACACGAUAAAAUAAUGACCUUCCCUGAAGCUUAUGACACGCAGGUUGGUGAAAGAGGUCUGAAGCUGAGUGGAGGAGAGAAGCAAAGAGUUGCUAUUGCCAGAACUAUCCUCAAAGCUCCACAGAUCAUCCUGCUGGAUGAGGCCACAUCUGCACUCGACACACAGACAGAACGCAACAUCCAGGCCUCGUUGGCUAAAGUCUGUACCAAUCGUACAACAGUUGUUGUAGCUCACAGGUUAUCCACCAUUAUCGGAGCAGACCAGAUUCUGGUGAUCAGCGAUGGCCGGAUUGCUGAGCGAGGACGACACGAGGAAUUGCUACUCAAGGGAGGCCUGUAUGCAGACAUGUGGAUGAACCAGCAGCAGAGCCAGGACUCAGAUUCCUCGUCAGAGUCAGAAACCAAAGACCGCAAGUCUGAGAAGCUGCAGCCGCCAUCAACCUCCUCAGGGCACCACGGCCACUGAAUGUACUUAUUUUUGUUUGUUUGUUUUUAUAAAAGCGAACUCUACAUUUUGAUUCCGCCCUUAAUUGUAAAAUGUUGAUGGAUGAUUUUAACAUGAAGGAACAAUCAGCAAGAUGUUAUUUAUUUUUUAUAAUUUUCUUUUGCCUGUGUAAGUUUAAGUAAUCUAUGACAUCACGUAUAUAAAGAUACAAAAGGGACACACACAAAGAAGCGCAGCCUCAGCACUACAUUUUGAUGAAUUUAGGGGCUAAUGAUUCUGCUGCCCACUGAACAAUAUCAUCAAAGACAAUAGGUUGGUGUUAGAAGCUGUCAUUUUGUUUUAUUUAGCUUAGUUUUAAAGUUUUUGAUAGUCGAUUUCGGAGCUCUGUUGUUAUUUAAAGUGGUACUUUUUUUAAAUAUAAAUCUGUAAGCCUCUUUGCACUUAGGUAAACCAGGUUGUGCUGCUUGUCUGAUCAUUGUGUUCUCUUCAUUGUUGGUGUCUUCUUCAGUGGUUUACUUAAUACACAGAAAGUGAAGAUCAAACUUGUCAAUCGUGUGAAUUUUCUAAAACAGUUUUUUGACUGGCUGAUUCUUUACAUAUAAAGUUGUACAAUCCACGUCUGCCUAUUUCAUUAAAAACAAUAGACAUUUCUGAUGGCAGAUAUUUUUGCUAGUUUCACGGACAUAAUAGAGUCAAGUUAUUUAUUUGAUCUGUUGCUACUCAAAAGCUCAUGCAGUUACAAUACCCACAGUAUUCUCACUUAAUGUAAUAUACGAGUAUAUACAGUCACAUACACUAUACUAUGAAUAGGGAUUUGCCAUAUCUACCUCAUAAAAGGUAUUGUUCGUGAUUAUUACAUUUUGUAAAUAUUCUGUUUCUUGGAAAAAUAAAAGUUUUCUUUUUGCAUGUG